UUGGAGAGCAUCGGAGAACGGGUGACGAAAUUUUUAUUAAGACGAAAAUACCCCCGAAGGGUAACAAAUUCUCGUCUCAUGGACACGGUGGCAUUUCUCGAAUUCUAUCACUCCCGAGGGGCUUUUUGUUACUGCCCCUCCCUGUCGCCAUGCGAGCCCCGAUCUGUCUUAGUUCUUAGCUCUUAGCUCUCUCUCUCUCUCUCUCUCUCUCUCUCUCUCUCGCUCGCUGAGCUCUAGAGGGAGAAAGAGGAGAGAGAGAGGGGAAGAGAGAGAUUUUUCUUCCCUUUUCGCUCUCGGAUGCGAGCAAGGGAACAGAAGAGGGAAAUUUCUGCGGCAAAGGGUGGAAUGAUGUUGGUCGUAAAGCAGUACCGCUGCACACACUCAUCAACUUGUAUAUGUAUGAAAGGUCAUCUGAGUGAGGAUGCAAUUUUUCUUGUGUUUCAACACCUAAAUUGGAACCCCAGAUUGAUUGCUGCAAUGUCGUGUGUUUGCAAAUGGUUUGAUGAGGUUGCCAAGCGGGUUUUAUGGAAGGAGUUUUGCCGAACAAGGGCUCCAAAGAUGAUGCUAGAUUUGCAGUCCAGUGGAAGCCACAGUGUUGAUGGAAACUGGAAAGCACUGGGGAAGCUUCUCAUCUAUUGUUCAGGUUGCAGCAAAGGGGGUCUGUUUAAUACCAUCCAUAUCCCAGGUCACUUUGUUUACAGGACUCGGUUUUCUAGGACUUCAGGGAAAAGUUUUCUUAUUCCACAAUGCAGAACAGAUGUACUGUAUGUAUCAGACCCUUGCGAGCAUCUUGAUCAGGGAGAGGAGGGUGAUGUGGGCUUUUUUCGUGGUGUCUUCAAGUCGUUUUCUUUUUCAAGAGUUAGGAAGAUGCUGAUUGACAGGCAGGCAAAGUUUCAUCCCACAGAGGUGUGUCCAUACUGUAAAGCAAAGUUGUGGAGCAUGCUGCAAGCAAACAUGAUACCAAGAAGUGCUUCCUGCAGGUUGGGUGCUUAUGAUGAUUGCAUAGAGUAUUAUGUAUGCCUCAAUGGCCAUAUGCUUGGAAUAUCCACUCUCUUACCACUCUCAGACUCGGAGGAGGUGUCAGAGUUGGAGUGAUGCUCAGAAUUUGACACAGAUUUUCAAGCAUUGAAGAUUAGGAUACUUCCUUAUUGCUGCAUUACAUUGUGGAUCAUGUUGGUUACUGUUCAAGAAAGAUCUCGUAGAAAGGUGAUGCAGGGAUCUUCUCUCAUAUCAUAUGUAACAGGGUAUGCAGAUCGCAUAGGUGUUUAUCUUUUGGAUCUGCAAGCACAGAGAAAGCUGUUCUUUAGUCUCUUAUUCUAUUUAUUGCGUAAAUGAAAGAAUUUAGGUGAUAGUCAUAGCCCAAUAUCACUGUAAUUGAAUUAUCAUACUGUUUUCCAUGUACCCAUGUGUAAAAAUAUGCUUUGCAUAUGUAGUUUCGUGGCAUUUUGUCAUCCUUGGGAUUAAUUUUUUCUGUUUUCUGUCUAGAAGCGUGUGCAAUUGUGCAUUCUUCAUUUUUCAUCGC